AUGGUACCAGCGCAGAGGUCCCCCCACCAGUGCUGCAACAUGGUUACCGAGCAGGCGGACGUGGAGAUGAAGAAUGUGGAUAGCCCCGCUGUGGCCGAACAGGAUGCGGUGAAAGCAGACCCGGACACAUUGACCAUAGAAGACAUCAAGGAGCAGGCUCGCCACAUUGAGAAGGCGGUGACCAGCAAGGAGCCGAGGUUCAUUCUGCGCAUCCUGCGAGCGCUGAUGCCCACUCGCAAGCGGCUCAACGACCGAGUGCUGCGCAAAAUCGUCACGGGCUUCUUCACCCAUUCGAGCCAGGACAGGGAAGCCCUGUUGGGAUGCCUCGAAGAGCCCAUGGAGACGGAAGGUGGCAUAGUGCAGAAGGAGAGCCGAAUCCGCAGCUCCAAGACAUCGCACCUGCCUCUGCUUCCCGAGCUGGACGUGUACAUUCACCUCCUGGUGCUGGUCUAUCUCCUUGAUGCACAGCGCUACGAGAAGGCGGUGCAGUGCUCGGACCAGCUGAUGCAGAAGAUCCAGGCCCAGAACCGACGCACCCUGGACUUGCUAGCGUCCAAGUGCUACUUCUACCACAGCCGCUGCUACGAGUUGGUUGACAGAAUGAGCGACAUCCGCAG